CAGCGUCAGGUUUCCCUAGCAACAGAGAGCUCUCCCUGCCUCACUGUCUGCAUCUGAAAUUCAGAACAAAAACAGUUAAUUUGUCAGGAACCCAGGAAAGAAAAGACAACAUUAAGUCUGAUACUCUGUAUUUGGAAACAAAAUGGUUAUUUUUACAACAAUCAAGAAAAUGCAGACACCUCCCAGUGAAUAAGAGACUCAAACUUCCGAAACUUUAUUCAAUGCCUAUGCAAUUGUGAAAGAAUUCAAAUUUGCCAGCUGAAAAAAAUGACUGUAAAAUCAAUCAUUCUUGUAAUGGUAUAUCUUCAAACAUACCCUGCAAAUGGACAGAAGAUAUGUGAAAGGCCAAUGAGUGUGGAAUGGCACACACAACCAGAACAACACAUUGUGAAAUGGACUCUGAUGAACAAUAUAUGUUCAAACUUCUACACAGAGUGCUGGAAUAUAAAUACCAAUAACGAAAGGAAUAUGCUAGAACAGAAGGCUUUGAAUGUCCCUCAAAUAUGCCCAUUGCAGCUUCAGUUGGGUGAUAGUCUGUUCAUAUCUUCAGAGGAAACUUUUGAGUUACAUAGGAUAAAUUUGGGGUAUGUUUCCCUGGAAGAAUUUAUUAGGUGCCCUACAAAAGGCUUUCUUCAAGAGCAGUUGAUUUUUGGUAGCAGGUUAAGAGGGACGCACCAAGUUGAUCUUCAGUGGCUCAAAGCUGGAACUCAUUAUUUUGCAGAAAUUCAGACCAAAGGACCACUGUUAUGCAACCUGGGCCUUCGGCUUAAUGUAACAGUAAAGCAGCAGUUUUGCCAACAAUCUUCAAAUGCACCUUUUUGCUCCAGACAUGGCAGAUGCUUAAGCAAUAUAUGGGAAGAGGCAUAUAACUGCCGCUGUUCUCAACAGUAUUUGGGGAGAUUCUGUCAGGAGUUCGACGCAUGCUCCAGUAAACCCUGUCGCAACAAUGCCGCCUGUAUUGACACAAGAGAAGGACUUAUUGGAGAUUCCUACAAAUGUGUCUGUCACUCACAAUUUGCAGGUAAAAACUGUUCAGAAAUAAUUGGACAGUGCCAGCCCCAUGUCUGUUUGAAUGGCAACUGCAGCAAUGUUACUCCAAAUACUUUUCUUUGUAAAUGUAACAAAGACUUUACAGGUCCAUUUUGUGAAGAGCCUGUUGAACAUUGUAUUUCGCAGCCAUGCCUGAAUGGGGGAAUAUGCCAGAAUAAUGAACAUGGAUAUGUUUGUGAAUGUCUGGCCGGAUAUUUUGGCCAUGACUGUGAAGCAGAUGUCAAUGAAUGUUCCUCAAGGCCAUGUCAGAAUGGAGCUACCUGCAUUGAUAUGUCAAAUGAUGUGACCUGUAUUUGUCUGCCAAUGUUCACUGGCAAGUUCUGUGACAACGUGUUGAGACCAUGCGAGUUAUCACCCUGCUUAAAUAAUGCUACUUGUGUAGAUCAGCAGCACAGCUAUUAUUGCUGCUGCAUGCCAGGAUUCACUGGGAAGAACUGUGAGGAAGUAAUUGACUACUGCAGGCUGCUCAGCAUCAACUGUCUGAAUGAAGGAUUGUGUCUCAAUAUAAUUGGAGGAUUCAGUUGUCUCUGCACACCUGGAUGGACAGGGGAAUUCUGUCAAUUUGUCAAAAAUGCAUGUUUAAUUUACCCUGACAAUUGCUACAAUGGAGCUACCUGUAUUGAUGUGACCCACUCUAAAGAGCAACCACAUUUUCAAUGCCUGUGUCUUCGAGGCUUCACAGGAACAUUCUGUGAGAUGGAAAUUAAUGAGUGUGAUUCCAAUCCAUGUAAACACGGAGGAACAUGCAUUGAUUCCAUUGGCCAUUUCAAGUGUACUUGCCUCAUGGGGUUUGAAGGUGAAAAAUGUGAACUGGAUAUUGAUGCUUGCUUGUUCUACAAUAUAAAGUGCAUCUCAGGAAAACUGUGUGUGGACAGACCCCAUGAACUCAAUUCCACAUGUUUGCUGCCAUGUAUUGAAAAUACAGAGUUAUGUGCAAAUGGAGGUAGCUGCUUCCUUGAUGAAGACAACCAGAAUCCUCUAUGUGUCUGUGCUCCUGGAUGGACUGGACAAACGUGCCUGGAGAACAUUAAUGACUGUGAAGAGAACUGGUGCCAGCAUGGAGCCACUUGUGAAGAUGGAAUCAACAAAUACAGGUGCAUCUGUCCUCUGGGAUACAAUGGAUCUUUCUGUGAGCUUGAUAUAGACUACUGCAUUGUAAACCAGUGCUCGGAUCAUGGCUUCUGCCAGGACAACUUGCAUAAUUAUAGCUGUCAGUGCAUGCUUGGAUAUGAAGGACCCUUCUGUGAAGUGGAGAUUAAUGAAUGUUCAAGUUCACCCUGCAAAAAUGGGGCCACCUGUAUGGAUUUAAUUGGCCACUUUUCAUGUCAAUGUGUAAGAGGCUUCAAAGGAGAAACGUGCUCUGUGAGCUUGGAAGAAUGUCUGGACAAGCCCUGUAGGAAUGGAGGAACCUGUGAAGAUGUAAUGAAUGGCUUCAAAUGCAAUUGCCCAUCUGGUAAGGAUUUAUAAGCUUUUACAUUACUCUGCAUUACUCUGAGUAAAGUCACUUUUACAUUAGUUGAA